AUGUCUUCGGAUUAUAGCGAACCUAUUAUUCCUGAUGAUGCCGAGUUGGAUGACGAUGUAUCUCAAGGAUCCACAAAGAGGAUUCGAAAACUAACUUCGAAGGUAUGGGAUGACUUUGUCAAAUUUAAAGGACCUAGUGGAAAUGACAUAGCUAGAUGUAAGCAUUGCAAUAGGGAAUUUGUUGGAGAGAGUAGGAAAGGGACUAGUCAUUUAAAAAAUCAUUUGUCGAAGACAUGUCCAGUACUUAAAGGGCCAAAUGCCCCUAGGAAUGCUAGUAAGGCUGCUUCUGAAACUACUCCUAAGGCUGCAACUUUUAAAUUCGAUCAAGAAAGAAGUCGUAUGGAUUUUUCUAGGAUGAUAAUCAAGCAUAAUUAUCCUUUUAACGUGGCUGAGCAUGAGUUUUUUGAAAUAUUUUGCAAUAAUCUUCCACCAAUGUUCAAACUUGUGUCUCGUAACAUUGUUAGAGCGGAUGUCCUUGAUGUUUAUGAAAUAGAAAAGGCCAAGUUAUAUAAAUUUUUGGAUGAACUCUCUUCUAAGAUCACCUUGACAACUGAUAUAUGGACUUCAGACCAUCAGAAUUUUGCCUAUACACGUUUGACUGCCCAUUAUGUGACUAAUGAUUGUGAGUUAAAGAAGAAAAUCCUUGCUUAUAGACGCAUUGAUUACCCGUAUGAUGGAGACCAUUUGUUCAGUUUUAUCAAAGAUCUAAUUUUAGAGUGGAACAUAGAUAAGAAGUUGUUUUCAAUGGUAGCUGAUAAUGCGACGAGUAAUGAUGUCAUGGUGAGACUCUUAAAGCGAUGGCUACAUGACCAAGGAUUACUACAUUUGGGUGGACAGUUGUUUCAUGUGCGUUGUAGCGCGCACAUAUUGAAUUUAGUUGUUCAGGAUGGUUUGAAGGUGAUUGGGAGUCUUAUUUCAAAAAUUCGAGAAAGUGUGAGAUAUUUGGGGAGGUCUCCUUAUGGAAAACAAAAAUUUGAUGUUGCAGUGAAUCAUGUUAAGUUACAUCAUAAAAAGAAAGUCCCCAUGGAUGUUCCUACCAGAUGGAACUCCACUUAUUCAAUGCUUGAAGCUACAUUGGAUUUGAAAACUGCAUUCCACCGCCUAGGGCAAAUUGACAAACAAUAUAAGCACAAUCCUUCUGAGGAUGAGUGGAAUGUAGCAAAUGUGAUUUGUGGGUGCUUAAAGAUUUUUUUUGAUGCUACAUCUCACUUUAGUGAUACCACUUUUCCUACUUCAAAUGUGUUUUUUCCCGAUAUUUGUCUUAUUCAACUUGAAAUGAAAAAAUGGGAGCAAAGUGAGUAUGAUUGCAUUCAAUUGAUGGCUGGUUCAAUGAGAGUGAAAUUUCACAAAUAUUGGGAAGAAUGUCCUUUGGUUUUAGCAAUUACAGUGGUUCUUGAUCCGAGAUUUAAAAUGGACUUGGUGGAAUAUUACUUUGGGCUUAUUUAUGGUGCUGAUGCUAACAAGCAUAUUCAGAGGGUCCGUAAUGGUUUUUUUGAUCUUUUUUAUGAGUAUAGGAGUGAUUCUUCUGAUUCUAUGAGUAGCAUUGCACUUGUUUCUGAAAAUAAAGUGGAGCAAUACUUGGAGGAGUUGGUGUUUCCAAGUAAUGAGAGCUUCAAUAUUCUACAUUGGUGGAAAGUUAAUAAAGCAAAAUUUCCUACUUUGGCAAGGAUGGCUCGUGAUGUUUUAAGUGUUCCUGCUACUACGGUUGCAUCAGAGGCGGCGUUUAGUGUAGGAGGUAGGGUGAUUGAUGAGACACGUGCUUCAUUACUUCCAGAUAUUGUGGAGGCCUUGAUCACUUGCAAUGAUUGGAUUGAAUCAACCAAAAAUAGAAGGUCCAGUAAGCAUCACAUGUUUGUAGCCCUGUUUGGAAAGGGUGAGGGUGAGUAUGACAUUAGAGUGGUUGUAUGCCUAAUUGAGGAGGUGGCUAUGUUAAUAGGUCAUGCAUGGUUGAAUCAUUGGAAUCGACAAUUGAAGCUUUAA